AUGGCACACUCAGAGCCCACCGCGAAACUUGCCGUUGCAAUCUUGAUUGUUUCCGACACGGCGUCGGAGAACCCCGCUUCGGAUAGGACAGCGAACGCACUCAUACCUAUAUUCGCCGCCGAAGGGAAGUGGGAAACCCCCGUGGUCAAGAUCGUACCAGACAACAAGUUCCAGAUCCAACAGAGUAUAUGUGACUGGACUGAUGGACCGACUUGGCACGACACUUCUUACAAUGCCCUUCUAAAUUGCCCUGUGACUGACGGUCUGCACCAGGCGGUAUCCCCUUUAAUCCAUCGUCAUGCUCCAGGCUUGGUCCAUGGCAUGAUCGCUGCGUCGCUAAAAGUAACACCCUUCGCAAUGAUGGCUCGCCCAGUCGCUGGAGUUCGUGACAAGUCUUUGAUCAUUACCCUCCCUGGCUCCCCCAAGGGCGCUGUGGAAAAUCUUGAAGCGGUGAUCAAAUUAUUACCACAUGCUUGCUUGCAAAGUGCAGGCGGUAGCUCUCGGGAGAUGCAUGUUGGUGGUGUGAAAAGGCUGGAGGCCGAGGCAGGCCUGGCAUCGACGUCUGGAAACGCAGCACAGCCCCAGGAGCACCAGCAUCAUCAUCAUCACCACCACGGUCAUGGUCAUGGUCAUGGUCAUGGGCAUGGACAUGGACAUGCUGUCCCCAAAGCCCAUACAUUGCCUGCGGAUCGACCUCAGUCUAACGAUCCAUCCGUGGGGCCCAGCCAGCGUCACCGUUCCUCCCCGUAUCCCAUGCUGUCCGUCGAGGAAGCACUGCUCAAGAUCAGUGAGCACACCCCGGAACCGACCAUCGUUGAGACUUCAGUAGAUUCCUCUCUUGUGGGAUCGGUCAUUGCCGAGGACGUGUACGCCCCGGAGGCGGUCCCUGCUUACAAGGCCAGUAUAGUUGAUGGCUACGCAGUCAUUGCAUCGGAUCCUUCGGCUGGACCAAACACCAAAGGCGUGUUUCCGGUAGCGUCCGUGACUCAUGCCAAUGUUGGUGGAAGCCUACAGCCUCUUCAGCCUGGAACAAUUGCACGGAUCACAACAGGAGCCCCUCUUCCUCCCAAUGCCAACGCAGUCGUGAUGGUCGAGGAUACUGUUUUGGCUUCAGCUACGGCGGAUGGCUCUGAAGAGGCCACCGUCGAGAUCUUGACCAACGACAUUCAACCUGGCGAGAACGUGCGGGAACCUGGCAGUGACGUUACUUUGGGAUCUAAGAUUCUUUCCCGGGGAGACAUCAUCUCUCCUGUUGGCGGAGAGAUUGGAUUGUUGGCUGCAACGGGGGUUCGGUCUGUCAAAGUGUACAAAAAGCCAUGUGUGGGCGUUUUGAGCACCGGCGAUGAGCUGGUGGAGCACAACAACCCUUGCAGCCUGACUGGGGGUCAGAUUCGUGAUUCUAACCGACCAUCCCUCCUGUCUUGCCUUCAAUCGUGGGGCUUUCCCACGGUGGACCUGGGAAUUGCACGCGACACCCCCGCCGGUGAGAUUGAGCAUGCUUUGCGUGACGCACUCCGCGGUGUCGGACGAGCCUCCUCUAGCGUCGAUGUGGUUGUUACGACUGGCGGUGUCUCCAUGGGCGAGCUUGAUCUGUUGAAACCCACCAUCGAAAGGUCACUGGGGGGCACCAUUCACUUUGGUCGCGUCUCUAUGAAGCCCGGCAAACCUACUACCUUCGCCACGGUUCCGUUCAAAGAGAGUGCAAUAGAUGGAAAUCAAACUCGUCAGCAAGAGCGAAAGCCCAAGCUCAUCUUCGCUCUUCCGGGAAACCCAGUGUCGGCGCUCGUGAACCUCAAUCUAUUUGUGCUGCCUUCAUUACACAAGUUGUCUGGCCUGGGUGAGGACGCCUCCGCUGCGAACUCGAAGCUGGCAAUGGGACCCCGAAUGGGCUUACCGCUGGUGUCGGUUGUUUUGACGCAUGACUUCCCUCUCGACUCAAAGCGGACGGAAUACCAUCGUGCCGUCGUCGCGGGCUCACGCACCGAUGGCCGAUUGUACGCAACCAGUACUGGUGUUGACGGCACUGGUCAGCGAAGCUCUCGCGUUGGUAGCCUUGCAUCCGCGAAUGCGUUGGUCAUUUUACGCCCUGGGGAUGGGGUUGCAAAGCAAGGCAAUCUUGUAGAGGCACUGAUGAUGGGCCCCGUACACAGCCGUGAUAUGUAG